UCUGCCUGUGGACGCUGCCGAAGAAGCAUCGUUAAAGUCUCUCUUGCCGUCAUGUCUAAGUCAGAGUCUCCUAAAGAGCCCGAACAGUUGAGGAAGCUCUUCAUUGGAGGGUUGAGCUUUGAAACAACCGAUGAGAGCCUGAGGAGCCAUUUUGAGCAAUGGGGAACGCUCACGGACUGUGUGGUAAUGAGAGAUCCAAACACCAAGUGUUCCAGGGGCUUUGGGUUUGUCACAUAUGCCAGUGUGGAGGAGGUGGAUGCAGCUAUGAAUGCAAGGCCACACAAGGUGGACGGAAGAGUUGUGGAACCAAAGAGAGCUGUCUCAAGAGAAGAUUCUCAAAGACCAGGUGCCCACUUAACUGUGAAAAAGAUAUUUGUUGGUGGCAUUAAAGAAGACACUGAAGAACAUCACCUAAGAGAUUAUUUUGAACAGUAUGGGAAAAUUGAAGUGAUUGAAAUCAUGACUGACCGAGGCAGUGGCAAGAAAAGGGGCUUUGCCUUUGUAACCUUUGACAACCAUGAUUCCGUGGAUAAGAUUGUCAUUCAGAAAUACCAUACUGUGAAUGGCCACAACUGUGAAGUUAGGAAAGCCCUGUCAAAGCAAGAGAUGGCUAGUGCUUCAUCCAGCCAAAGAGGUCGAAGUGGUUCUGGAAACUUUGGUGGUGGUCAUGGAGGUGGUUUCGGUGGGAAUGACAACUUGAGUCGUGGAGGAAACUUCAGUGGUCGUGCUGGCUUUGGUGGCAGCCGUGGUGGUGGUGGAUAUGGUGGCAGUGGGGAUGGCUAUAAUGGAUUUGGUAAUGAUGGAAGCAAUUUUGGAGGUGGUGGAAGCUACAAUGAUUUUGGCAGUUACAACAAUCAGUCUUCAAAUUUUGGACCCGUGAAGGGAGGAAAUUUUGGAGGCAGAAGCUCUGGCCCCUAUGGCAGUGGAGGCCAAUACUUUGCAAAACCACGAAACCAAGGUGGCUAUGGCGGUUCCAGCAGCAGCAGUAGCUAUGGCAGUGGUAGAAGAUUUUAAUUAGGAAACAAAGCUUACCAGGAAAGGAGAGCCAGAGAAGUGACAGGGAAGCUACAGGUUACAACAGAUUUGUGAACUCAGCCAAGCACAGUGGUGGCAGGGCCUAGCUGCUACAAAGAAGACAUGUUUUAGACAAAUACUCGUGUGUAUGGGCAAAAAACUCGAGGACUGUAUUUGUGACUAAUUGUAUAACAGGUUAUUUUAGUUUCUGUUCUGUGGAAAGUGUAAAGCAUUCCAACAAAGGGUUUUAA